AUGGAUUAUUCAACUGUUCAACUACUUGAUUUGCCUGAUGAAAUACUUAUUGAAAUUUUGAAUAAACUCAACAACAUUGAUGUACUCUGCACAGUUUUGGGUGUUAAUAAGCGACUUGAGCGAUUAGCACGUGAUACUAUUUUCACUGAUUUUCUCGAUUUGACAACUAAAUCAUCACUUGGUGGAAUAUGUUCCAUGUCCAAUAUCAUACUCGAUCGAUUUUGUUCAUCUAUAUUGCCUCAAAUUCAUCACAAUAUAAAAUCUCUUGUUCUCGAAUCGUCAUCAAUUGAACACAUUCUUAUUGCUUGUGUCUAUCCUAAACUUCACAAAUUAACUCUUUACUCGAUCAAACCUGAAAUUUUUAUCAAGUAUUUAGCAGGUGGUGAUGGUGGUGGUGCAGGUGCAUGUUAUGGACGUUUUUAUUCCGAUAAGCAGCGUGUCGUUGCCUUAUCAACAGGAUGGUACAAUAAAGGAUUACGAUGCGGAAAAAGAAUUACUAUUCGUGGCAAUGGUCGGACGACAACAGCGCAAGUCGUUGAUGAAUGCGAUUCAGUACAUGGAUGUGAUGCAGAACAUGCGGGACAACCACCCUGUCGUAAUAAUAUUGUUGAUGGGUCUCCAGCUGUUUGGAAGGCAUUAGGUGUAUUCAAAAAUGAUCCACGAUAUGGGGAGAUGAAAAUUUCAUGGAGUAAUUUAUACUGA